GUGACGUGAGCGCAGGGGGCGUGUCUGUUAGCCGGGCUCGGUCACGUGACUCUGAUGACGUCGGGAGUCAGCUGACCGCCCGGGUGACUAGUCGGCUUGGUGAUCUCGGAGCGCAGUGAUCGUCAUGGCGAGCCAGUCAGCGGGAAUCCAGCAGCUCCUGCAAGCCGAGAAACGGGCCGCCGAGCGGGUGGGGGAGGCCCGCAAACGUGAGUUAUCGAUAUAGCGCGGUGUUGCCAUGGUGAUACCGUGUGUGAGAUGUCAGCUGCGCUCUGCAUCCUCAGUGUGGGCCCAGGGAGGCCAGACAGGCCCAUUCCAUGGGGGGCCCGGGGAGCCCAGACUAGCUGUCCCUUGCUCUCCCUGGGGGAGGGGGGGGCUGGCUAUUAUUUAUUUUGCCCUCCCUGGGGGGGCUAUUAUUUAUUUUGCCCUCCCUGGGGGGGCUAUUAUUUAUUUUGCCCUCCCUGGGGGGGGGGAGGCUAUUGUUUGUUUUGCCCUCACUGGGGGUAGUUUGUUUAUUUUAUCCUCACUGGGUUGUCCCUGGUGUCAUGGGUUGAUCAUUUGCAGUGAUGUCUGCCCAGCAGCUUAAAGAGAUAAAUAUAGGAAGGGAUUUAAAAAAAAAAAAAAAAAAGCAACCUUCUCCCCAUGCCCUAUGUAGAUAGUAGUUUUCAAAACAUGCAAAUAAUAGCAUAGGCAUUUAUUACAUUUUUUUUUUUUUUUUUUAAAUCUCCCCCCCUUGCCAGGAAGUACAAAUCUGCAGCUUUUUAUUUAGAUCUAAAGGUUUAUGUGUUGGGUGGAAAUGCUCAAUGAGCUGCCUUACUGGGAUUAUUAGUUUUUAUACACAACCUGGUGCUCAUAUUAGGGAAAUAAAUAUUCUUUAUAAGGUGUCUGUGAGUCAGGUGGUCAGACUUACAGAGGUAGGGUUGUGCUUAGCAAUGUCAUGAUGAUGUGAUGGUGAAACUUUCUAAGGGAAGGGGUGUAUGGUAUGAGUCCGUUUUCAGGGGGUGAGUUUGUAGACUUCUAGCAAUGCUCAUUGCUAUAAACCCUCAAACUGACAUUUGUGGAAAUUUGAAUGUAAUCCAAAAAUAAGAAUGGGUAUUUUCUAUUUGAGUUCUUUAUAAGUACGUAAUAUAGGAUUCAAAUCUGAGAGAAAUGUUCCUUUUCAUUAAUAAACCCAUGUUAAAGACAGAAUGCAGAACCAAGGCAUCAGAAAAGAUUAGCUUCCUCUUUUUGUCAUUUAAAGGAACAAUUUGAAUAACAUAACCACUGCAGUCUAAUUUACUUUGUUAAACCAUUUUAGACAAGUUUGGCAACUUUCCUCGAUUCCCCCAGGCAACCGUACUGAGAUAGAUUUCUCUUUUGACCUAAGCACAACCAUACAGACUGCACUCACUAAAUUAGAGAACUUAGCUGCUGCUCUCAACCAAUGAGCACAGUCCUGUGUGGCCCUACUUGGCUCAGUAGAGCUAACCAGGUUUUCCUGAAGGAGAACCCCGGAAGCAGGUUAUGUGUGGUCUCAGCGUGACCCUGGUAAAUUGCCAACACCUUCCAGAACAGGUUGGACAUAUUACACUGGGACAGCAUCUGGCCACUCCUGGCACCAUAAUCACCACAAUGGGCUGUAGUGGUCAUGGUGCUUGGACUAUUUCCUAAAUUUUCUUAUCUCACAAGAUACAUGUUGGGUGCCUUUUGCACCCCUUUAGGAAUUGGUAUUAAUAUAGGGAAAAAUGUCAUAUAGGAUCAACUUUCUGUUGUAAAACAAAAUACAUAGGUAUCAUUAUUAUCCUCUUGCAUGCCUUCAGGAAAAUUUUGUGCAGUUUUUUCCAAAAUACAUACAUGGGAGCUCACUUUGCAGCAUAUUGUCUUUGAAGUCUACACCACCUCACCCUCUCUCCAUUGGGUAACCCCUUUGUUCCUCUCCAGUUUAGUACAUACUGUAAGUUAUAUGAAUAAUACAUGGAGAUGUAUACCGUACACCUGAUUGUCCUCCUUCAUGUUUAUAUCCAUUGCACUUUGCCGUUUUGUGUAAUUAUAACCCUCAUUCUUUGUACUAUAAGUGUGUGUAAACCGUUCCCUCAUUUACUUGUUCCAGCAAGUCUCAUUAGGUGCCAUUUUUAUUAUAUUUUUGUACUUCUUCAUCCACAUACCUCCCCAUAUAAAGAUAUAAGGAACAUGCUGAUGUGCUUUAUGUUUGAAGUGUGUUCUCUUGCAUUGGGAAGUCUGUGAUUGGUCAGCCACAGAAAGUCUGGGCGGGGUUAGAAGGGGAGGGCUUUAAUAAACUACAGACAAGAGAUCUACGUCUUUUACAAGCUGCUUUUUAUUGAGGUAUAUCUACUAAAUAAUAAUGUAUUGAUAUUUGCGUGUGCCUUUAAACUUGUUUCUGAUUGUCAACUUGUAACUGUAGAGCAACACGGUUUCUUCUAUUCUCCAAAUCCAGGAAAGAACAGACGUUUGAAACAAGCCAAGGAGGAGGCUCAUGCUGAGGUUGAGCAGUAUCGGCUACAAAGAGAGAAGGAGUUCAAGAUUAAGGAAGCUGCUGUAUGUAUGAAACUGACAUCUCACAGACUUCUCUUGUUUGUUAGGAUUUUUAAUAGCGGUUACUAGAGUUUAAAAUAGCCUCCCCUUAGUCCCAUUUUGUAGCAAAUCUCCAUGUGCAUAAUCUUUCAGUUACCACUGUGUAAUUCAGUAACUGAUUUGACAUCUUUCAGGGGGGGUCCUGCUUCUUCCAUAGCUUAAUAUAGUAGAAUUAUUGAACAUGAAUGCCAGUAUGUUCAGUAACUGCUUUCAUUGGAACAUAUAGUGCGUUCAUGUGUAGUAGAGCUGUGAGUGGCGUCUUACUGAUGUGUCCAUAUAAUCUGGAACCACUCGUGCAAGUAAAUGGAGUCUGCCAGCAGAUUCCCUUCGCAUGAGUGAGUUUUCAUUAAAUUAAAUUGCAUUCACUUGAAUGAGAAACUGCUGGGCAGAAGGCUGUGGUUUAUCCACUGCUUCAUUUUCCUCUUGGUUUCCCACUGUUUCUUUUUGGAGUGAGAGCUGGGAUGCAAGGGUGAUUGGCGCUAUUUGCAAGGUGAUUGCACACAUGCUGCUUAUUCUGUUACCUUGCAUCCAUAUCUUUUCAUAACUGAAACUGCUGCUGUUUAGUGAACUAUAUUAUGGUGAUAUGCUUGGUACUGUCUUUGAACACAGUGGGUGGAUUGUUUGAGUGGUCUCAGCUACUUCCUAGUGUGGGCUGGUUUCGCUGCAGCAAAUGCAAAGUUUGUACAUAGGCAACAAACUGCCAUUUGAAAGGUGAGUGGUUUAUUUCGUUUUAGAUUUAAAGGAACACUAUAUGGUCAGGCACAUAAAUGUGUAUUCCUCACUGUAUAGUGUUAAAACCACCAUUUAGUUGGCUUGCCCUCCUUAAAAGGUAAUAAACUUGCCUUCUUUCCAGCAUCGCCCCGAUCUGCUUCCUUGGCUGACAUAAUCAGAAUUGAUGAUCUCAGCCAAUUCAAUGCUUUUCCAUAGGAAAAACAUUGGAUUGGCUGAGAUCAUCAAGGAUUGGCUUGGCCAUUCAGCAUCUCCUCAUAGAGAUGCGUUGAAUCAGUGCAUCUCUAUGGGGAAAGUUCAUGGUUUCAAUGCAGAGUGUGGAGAUGCUGAACAUCCCCCAGGAGGCACCUCCAGUUGCCAGAAUUGUUGAGCAGUGGAGGUGUCCCUAGGGAGCUAUGUAAACACUGCCUUUUCUCUCUGAAAAGGCGAUGUUUACAGGAAAAAGGCUGCAGGGGCUGACUACUCACCAGAAAAACUACAUUAAGCUGUAGUUGUUCUGGUGACUAUGGUGUCCCUUUUAAGAGUUCUUUCAAGUUUCUCUUUAAAACUCCAUAUGUUUGUAUUGUUUUCCCUUCAAAUUUGCGGUGUUUGUUUUAAUCUGAACGUAAUGCACAAACUGGCCAUAUGAUUUGAUGGACAUGUACGUGUAACUUUUAAAUGCCAUAUCCUUGAUCAUUUGUAAUUGGUUUAAAAACACAAUGACAUUCCAUAGUCUGUCCUUUACAGUAAAUGCUUGCAUGGAUUAACUGUUCUGAUUACGUUGAGUGCUAAUGGUUGUUAGGGGGCUAAGAGUAUAUUUACCCUGAUUUUUAUUUACACUUUCUCCCUAUAGGUCUUGGGUUCCCAGGGUAGCUGUUCUGAAGAAGUUGGAAAGGAGUCAACCGAUAAAAUAUUAAUUAUCCAACAGAACUACCUCCAGAACAAGGAGAUGGUGUUGGACAACCUUCUGUCCUUUGUUUGUGAUAUAAAGCCAGAGAUCCAUGUCAACUAUAAAUUGGGCGGCUAGAAUUUUGUGAACCACCUGCUGUUUUAUCCUCCUGUUCUAGAAACCCAAAUUUGUUUCAAUUAGUUAGCACUGGCAUAGUGAAGUCUAAAACAAAUCCUGUUAUUGCAAAGGUUUUAAUGGGGUUCACACUGUGUACCUUGUUAUGGGUUAGUGCAUGAGCAAGAAGAGAUUUCCUGGCAUGAUGGAAAGGAAGUAGUAAAACACAUUCACUGUAUUUUUGAAGGAGUAUUUCUUAGCCGUAAUCUUCUGUUUAAUUCCUUAUACUGUCCUGAGAUGUUUUACAAGUAAAAUAUUUUGUUUUCCUUGAA